GCGUCUCUCUGCGAUGGUGAAACGGCGAGGAGGUUCGAGCGACGAAGAGUCGCAGCCUGCACACAAGAAGAGAAGGACAGAAACGAGUGACGAACAGAACUCUGCGUUCGACAGCUUUCGCAUAAGCGAGGAAACCAAGCGACUGCUCGUCUCACGAGGUUACGCUCAUCUCUUGCCCGUUCAGACCGCUACUUUUGAUCUUGUCUACGAUGGAAAAGACGUAGUGACGCAGGCGCGUACAGGCACCGGCAAGACGUUGUCCUACACCCUACCACUAAUCGAGAAACUCGCCAAGAAAAAGAGGCGUGGGCGUGGUCGCUACCCGAGGGUUCUCGUUCUGGCGCCUACUCGCGAAUUGGCUCGUCAAGUUAACGAUGAAUUUGCGAUCAUUGCUCCGGAUAUGAGCACGGUGUGUAUAUAUGGAGGGGUUGGCUAUGAGGGUCAGGAGAGGAACAUUGCUAAUGGGAUCGAUGUGUUGGUUGGCACUCCGGGGAGAAUACUGGAUCUGUGUAAACGACAGCUAAACUUGAGGCAUCUUAAGUAUGUCGUUCUGGAUGAGGCCGAUCGUAUGCUCGAGGUCGGGUUCGCCGAUCAAGUGGACGAAAUACUGCAGGGAGUGUUUCGGAAACGUAAACCACAGAUGUUGCUGUUCUCGGCCACGCUGCCUGAGUGGGUCAUCUCGACGGCUGAGAAGUAUAUGUGUGAUCAUGUGGUUGUUGAUAUGAUUGGCAAGGAUACGUUGAAGACGGCCGUGACUGUGCAACACAUGGCGAUUCGUUGUAAUUACGAGGAUCGGGCGUCUGUCAUCGGCGAUGUCAUUCAGGUUUUCAGCGGAGCCAAUGGUCAGACUAUGAUAUUUACCGAUACGAAGAUGGAUGCGAACGAGUUGGCACUGAACUCAACGCUGAAGCAGGAGUGUCAAGUGUUACACGGCGAUAUACAACAAUCGCAGCGAGAAGUCACUCUCAUGAGUUUCCGUCAAGGAAAGUUCCGUUGCCUCGUUGCGACGAACGUCGCCGCGAGAGGCCUCGAUAUACCCGAAGUCGAUCUCGUCAUUCAGUGUCAGCCGCCGAAAGAUCUCGAGGCUUACAUUCACAGAGCCGGCCGAACGGGCAGAGCCGGACGCUGCGGCACAUCCGUUGUGUUCUACAAACCAAAUCAAGAGUCGUUAUUGAAACUCGUCGAGAGGAAAGCCGGCAUUAAGUUCAACAAGAUUGGGCCACCACAACCAGCAGAUAUCAUAGCAGCUUCCGCACGCGACGCGGUGCAGUCGAUUCGAGCCAUUCCGGCGGCCGUUGUGUCACAGUUUCAGUCGGCAGCUGAAUCGUUGCUCGACGGUAUGGAACCAGUUGACGCUGUGGCUGCCGCUUUGGCUCACAUAUCUGGCUCUUUGGAUACGAUUCAAUCUCGUUCGCUUCUGUCGUCACAACCGGGCUACACGACGUAUCAUCUUAUGAACUCAUUUGAGUUUCGUACAGUGAGUUACAUGUGGAAGGCGAUCGAGCGUCAUCUACCCGUCGAAGUGAAGGAUGCUGUUCGUGGCAUGCGAAUGUGCGAAGACAAGAAAGGCGUCGUGUUUGAUAUCCCGUCAUCGCUUGAUGAAUUAGUGAAGAACAGCUGGAGAGACGGGGCGAACACUCAGCUUGUCGUCGCCACCGAACUGCCUCGUCUAGUCGAACGAGUAGAUCAACAGCGAUUCGGUGCGGGUCGUAGCUCAUGGCCGAGACAACAACCGAACAGAUUUCUCACUCAGCAAGGAAAAAGGAAGUUCAAUUGGACAAGAAAUGGACGAAAUGAGAGGAAUGGAGAGACGAAAAACUUUUAUGCAAGACAGAAGAGUCAAGGAUAAUGCACACAUAGUGCUGACUGUCUGCAUUGAUUUGGGGCCCCGGAAUUUAUAAUUUUUGAUUAAUCUUUUCCUGAAAGGUUUUCAAAGGUUGAUAUGUAGUACGUGAAAUGACGUCAUAUAUUGAUUUUGACACUGGUAUAUUGAUUUAUGAUUGUAGAGAUCACGACAAUAGAAAUUAUGAUGUUGUGUGCAAUAGAUAGCUAAUGACACGUGA